UUCAUUGGCAGUUGCUCAGCCGGAAGUGUUCGGUCCGAUAUUGUUAGUCCUCCGGGGGUGUCAUUCAACAUGGCUGUGCCUGCUGGAAGGUCUGUGGUCUUCGUGACUGGAAACGCUAAAAAACUCGAAGAGGUCAUUCAGAUCCUGGGAGAUAGGUUUCCCUACAAGCUAGUGUCUAAAAAGAUUGACUUGCCUGAAUACCAAGGGGAGCCAGAUGAGAUUUCCAUACAGAAGUGUAAGGAGGCUGCACGGCAGAUUGAUGGGCCAGUCAUAGUGGAGGACACCUGUCUGUGUUUCAAGGCUUUGGGAGGCCUGCCUGGACCGUACAUAAAAUGGUUCUUGGAUAAACUCAAGCCAGAAGGCUUGUACAAACUCCUAGCUGGGUUUGAAGAUAAAUCAGCAUGGGCUCUCUGCACCUUUGCUUUCUCUGCUGGGAAAGAUGAGCCAGUACAGCUCUUUAGAGGGAAAACAGAGGGACACAUUGUGGAACCCAGGGGGCCUCGAGACUUUGGAUGGGAUCCCUGUUUCCAGCCAGAGGGAUAUGACAAAACCUAUGCUGAACUGCCCAAAGAGGUGAAGAACACUAUCUCGCACCGCUACCGGGCGCUUGCUGCCAUGUCUGAGCACUUCUCUCAAACCAACGAUACCUCGCCACAGGGCAAGAAGAAGAAGCAGGAGGAUUAAAGAAUCAUUUUAGGCUCACUUCAGGUUCUGAAUCUGUACAAUGUAUCAACCCUCAAGUCAUUAGAUUUGACCAGCAGAGUGUUUUAUUGUUGGGUCAGAAACAUAUGGCAGAUAACAAAUUUGUGAUCACAAUGUCUACAUGUAGAAUCUGCAAUGGAAACUGUUUAUUUUUAAUAAACUUAUUUUUCAACAAAUUC